AUCCCUCGUUGCUCAUUUAUUACUUGGCUGUCCAUGUUGGCCAGAGUGCCAACAAGGGAUCGUUUAUUGUCUUGGGGUCUAACGGUUCCAGAUUCUUGUAUACUUUGUGUUUGCUGGUAGGGAGUCUCAUCAUCAUCUAUUUUUUAGUGUUUGUCUGCGGUGGAGAUAUGGAGAAAGUUUUGUGGCAGAUUUAUUUCAUCGCCUCCUGCUAAUUUCCAAGCAAUGGUGUUGUUAUGUGCUCAGUUCCAGGGUUCUCAUUCUUCUCAGGUGAAGGUUCUCUUCAGGUUACUCUUACAGGUGAUUGUAUAUAACAUAUGGCGUGAACGAAAUGCUCGUAUCUUCCGUAAUCUCUCGCGUUCUCCUUUGGCUUUCUUCAAGUUGGUGGACUGAUCUCUGCGUGACAGGCUACUAUCUCUUCCCCUGGAUCCCUCUCAAGCUCACCCGCUGCUAGAACUUUAUUUUUGGUUUGUUGAUCUUUUUAGUUAGCUUGUAACUCGUUCUUGAUCCCCUCUUCUCUCUUUUAUUUAUGCUCUAUGUAAUAAGUUGCCUUUGCAACAAUGUAAAAAACUCAAAAAUGGUAUGAAUUUUAAUAUUUGCACAAAAAAAAAAGAAACCAGCAUGCAUAUUUAUGGAAUAAAAUUUUCAUGAAUACUUAAUUUCAUUAUAUACUCAUAAUGUUUACAAGUUAAAUUGAAAAAAAUAGAAUGAGUAUUUUAUUUUAUUCUAUAGCAUUCCAGAACAAAAUAUCUCUCUGAAAAACUAUUUCUGAAUAAAAAAUUAGAAUAAACGGAAUAUUAAUUUCAUUCCAUUAAUAAUUACCCAUCUAUUCAUUUUACUAAUUACUAGUUACAACUUUGGAGAAUCUUCGAUUUGUCUCUAUUUUUCAUUUAAAAUAAAAAAUUUCUGAAAUAUAGAUGUGUUUUUUGUUUGUUCUAAGAUGUUUUUCAUUAAUAGAAAAACAGUAUUUGUUCAAAUAAGUGUAUUGAUUACUAUCAAAUGAUAAAACAUUAGUGUACAACUAACUGUACAUGAAUGGAACAAACUCCAAUCUGUUUGUGAAUAUUGCGAUAAAUUGACUUGUUAGCAAAUAAAUCAGCAUCAGCACAACAAUUACCAUAUCGUUAAACAUGACGAAAAGGAACAGAAUGAAACAUUUGCUUCCAGCGUAUAAACGUGGGCACCAAGUGUUAGGAAUCGUGGACUGAAAGCUUUCUGGGAGACAAUAUUUGAUUAUAGAGAUAUAUAUCUAUAACCUAUAUUAGACCAGACCAUAUUAAUGCCGAUAAUUCGGAUUCUACAAUAAAACACCCCUAGAGGUGGUCGGUCUUACUGGAACAAAAAUCAUUUUUUAACAAUUUUUUUUCAUAAUUUUUGUUUUAUUUUAAUAUAUAGUAGCGAGAGCCUGACUUGCAAGUUGCAACCGUUCUUCCUCUCUACUCUUAAAACUUUUUUAUUUUCUCCCUUCACAACAUUAAACCCAAAGGCGUACGCGUGCGUUUCCACGCGCCACCAGUCUCGAGCAUCGUCUUCACUCCGAUCAUCGAAUCGCUUUCUGGGCCGUUUCGUUGAACCAGCUCCCAAACCCCUAGGACAUUCCUCCACGGCCGUCUCUCAAAUCCCAAAUCCUAAUUUAGGGUUCCGUCACUGCAAUCGAUAGAUUUGGAUUGUGAGCUCAUCGUGACAUGUGAUUGCUGUUUCCCUCAAAAAUGGUAGAUAGUAAUAAGAAGAGGAAAGAGUUCAUCAGUGAAGGAGACAUGGCCACUCUUCUCCAAAGAUAUGACACCACGACGAUACUGAAGCUGCUUCAGGAGAUGGCUUACUACGCUGAGCCGAAGAUGGACUGGAAUGAGCUGGUGAAGAAGACUAGUACUGGAAUCACCUGUGCUAGAGAGUACCAGCUCCUAUGGCGCCAUCUUGCUUAUCGAGAUUCUCUUCUUCCCAUGGACGAUAACGCUCUCCUUCAGGAUGAUGAUAGUGACAUGGAGUUUGAAUUGGAAGCUUCCCCUGCAGUCAGCGUUGAUGCCGUAACGGAAGCUGUUGCGCAUGUUAAAGUGAUUGCUGCUUCCUAUGUGCCAAGUGAGUCCGACAUCCCUGAAGACUCAAUUUGUGAGGCUCCCUUGACCAUUAACAUACCUUAUGGCCUGCAAAGGAGGCCUCAAGAACCGUCAGACUCGUAUUGGUCGUCAAGAGGGAUGAAUAUCACCUUUCCGAUCUCUCUUCAGAAAGCAGCUGAGGGACAUAGUGGAAAUGGUUUAGCCAGUAACAUGGGUGGUCCUCGCAAAAAAAGAAAAAAAUGGUCAGCCGAGGAAGAUUUGGAGCUGAUCGCUGCUGUGAAACGACAUGGUGAAGGCAGCUGGGCCCUUAUUUCUAAGGAAGAAUAUGAGGGAGAGAUAACUGUCGCACAACUUUCUCAGCGGUGGGGAUCUAUAAGGAGAAGGGGUGAUUUAUCAAACUCUUCUACUCAAUCUUACCAACAGCGAACAGAAGCUGCCAAUCGUGCAUUAUCUUUGGCUGUGGGGAAUCGAGUUCCCUCAAAAAAGGUUGCAGUAGGUAUACCUCCAGUGCUUACUUCCGGUAGCACCACAGGAGCACAAGGCAAUGGUAGUUCAUUGCAAGGUCAACAACAGGCUAAGCCAGUAGUUCAAGCAAUUCCCCGGGCAGCAACAGCCGUUCAAACUGCAAAAUCUCGAGUCACCGCAAGGAAACCAACUUCCACUUUGAGAGCAGAACUAAUGGUAACAGCAAAUUCAGUAGCUACUGCAGCCUGUAUGUCUGGCCUGGGAACUGCUGCAUCAGUGCCAAAGGUUGAACCAGGAAAGAGUGCUGCUCCUGCGUUAGUGUCAAAGGUUAAAUCCUCCCAAGCCUCUUUGCCUCGUCCUUCCGGUAUAUCAUCAUCAGUAAUGAAUGUUGAGCCUGUAAAAACCGCUUCGGCAGCUUCUUUGCCUCGUCCAUCAGGUAUAUCACCAACACUGAAUGCCGAGCCUGUAAAAUCCGCAUCGACAGCUUCUUUCCCUCGUCCGUUAGGUACUAUAUCAUCAUCAAAGGCUGAGCCUGUUAAAACCGCUUUGGCAGCCGCUUUGCCACGGCCAUCAGGUAUUAUAUCAGCGCCAAAGGCAGAUCUUGUAAAAACCGGUCAUGCAGUCUCUUUGCCUCGUCCAUCAGGUAUCACAUCAUCAACAAAGGCUGAGCUUAUGAAAACCGCUUCUGCAGCAUCUUCACCUCGUCCAGAAAGCAUGCCAUCAGCACCAAAGGGUGAGCCAUUAAAGAGUGUUUCUGCUGCUACUACUAAAACUCAAGUGGUUGGACCUUUGAGUGCAAGGAAUGCAGCUAAUGGACCUUUUAAUAAGCCUUCCCCUAUGGCUCCUUUCUCCAAAGGUCCUACAAUCCAGAAUAUUUCAGUUCCUUCUAGAUUUGCGUCUUCAAGGUUGGCUCCCACACAGAGAGUUAAUGCAACUACUGUAAUGCCACAAAAUCCAAGUGUGGGAGUGGCAGUUACCUCAUCUAGCAAGCCGGUUGGUGUACAGAAAGAGCAAACUCAGGGAAGCAGAACAAGCCCCUUGGUUACAACAACACUUCAGCCAAAUAAAACCAUCUCAACAAACUCAGUGAUUAGCGCAGGAAAGCCGGUGGCUACACACGUGGACACUCCUCCUAGUCUUAUGCCUAAAAAAGACCAAGUACCUCAGACUUGCACCGAUAAAAGUUCUCUGGCUAAACCACCUGAAAAAGUGAGUAGUUCAACUGUUCCACUUUCUGUUGUGGCUGAGCCUGAACCAAAACCCAAGGAUGAAGCAAGUAAAGGAAAAAGUCCUGAUGGUGCAACCGUAACAGGGACCGAGCAGCAGUAGUUGUAGUUUUUAUUUGCUGCAUUGUUUUAGUGCUUUUAUUAAUGUUUUUUUCUUUCCUUAGGAAUAAGACAAGAAAGAAUGUGAUGAUGUACAGUAGUACUUGCUACUACUAAUUAGUACGAAUCUAAAUAUACUUCGAAAACUCCAAAGUAGAUUUUCAAAUUCUUGAAAACAGUGAAAGAAUGAAGAUACAGUUUGAUUUGA